UCUUGCUAUACUUUAUUUGUAUCCACUCAUCGUUUGUUUUGCUCGAAAUAUAACGUUGUUGAUGAUAUUAUAUUCGUUCAUUUUUGAUAACGUUAAACUGUUGAGCUCAUUUGUCAAUGUAAACAACAAGUGAAAGUUUUUUUUUCAUGAGUUUUAUUUUGUUUUCAUCCUCAAAUUACUCAAUUGAUUUUUUUUCUACUUUUUGAUUCAUUGUCAUCUUUUGUUUGUUUGUUUGAUAAAAGUAAUUUUUUUUGCAUUGAUUUUAACACAAUCAUAGCCAAAAUGUUGAGUCGUUCAAAUUUUUUAUUAUCAAAUUUGAAAAUGAAAAAAUAUUCGAAUAUUCAACCAAAUUCUCGCCACGACAUCCACAACAUGACCAUAAAAUAAUAAUCAAGGAUUUUUUUAAAUCUCAUUCUCCAUAUCGAUUUCGAUUAUAUUAUUUCCAGGAUGAUAAAAUUUUCACAACAUUUCCAUUGCAAUCUGACCAUAUUGAAUAUAAUGUAACCACAAAUUCAGAUGAAAAGAUCAAGUUAUCUAUUAAUUUGGAAAAAUGUUAUGAUAAUUUCAAAGAAUCAUUGAUUCGUCCUAUUGAAUUUGUUCGAUUUGUUAUUGGACACAAACGUAAACGGAUUGGUUCCAAUAUCAUUAUUGACCAUAAGAUAUCAAAUGAUCGAUUAAUUUGCUUAUCAACUGAAUUUGUAUCUAAUAAUGAUUAUGAUGAUAUUGAUUCACCAGCUUGUGAAUUUGAUUUUGAUAAUUUGCUCUUUAUUUUCAAACAAAGAUUUAUGGUUGUUGAUACAAAUUUUAAACCUCUCCAAAUGAAUUAUGAUGACAUUAAUCAAUUGAUCAACAAACAUUAUGGCGGAUUAACUAUUGAAAACUACAUCGACAAAAUCAAUUUGUCUGAUUGUGUUUUUUUCAAAGAAUUUGGCCUAGAAUUCCAACAUUUCGCGUUGACCUCCCAUGCGAUGGUUAAACCAGUAAUAUUUCCAUGCUCUUUUUCUGUAUUCAAUACUCCAGAGAAAAAGAUUAAAUGGGUUUUUUUUAACUUUGACAAAAACUUUCAAAAUUCAAAAGAAUUUGCCAAAUUAUUUAAAGAAAAUGGUAAAAAAUUCAACUUUAAUAUGGAUGAUUGUUAUUUGCAACAACAAUGUAUUGAAAACGUUGAUUUUAAUGAAUUGGAGAAUAUUUUCCAAAAUAUCGUCGCACAUGGUGUCGAUUAUGCCCUUUUUGGAAUACCUGAUGAUAUGAAAAUUAACGGUAUAUCUGCACACGACAUUAUCAAAUAUUUUAGUCUCAUCAAGUUCGGUCAGCCAUGUCAAAUUUUUCGCACAAAAAACUUUAAUCAUAGAAUCGAUUUUGAUGUCAGUUUAUUCAUCAAAAUGUGCCAUCGAUUAGGUGUAUUUCCUAAUAUUAUUAAACAAACAUAUUGGGGUUCUAUUGGAUUUAAAGAUUUUUGCGAUUCAAUCAUUAUGGCUGUUAAUUGUGAUACACAAGAAAUUCAAGGCCAACCAUAUUGGAUCAUGUCACUAGUUGGAUCAAAAAAUCAUAACUACAUGUUGUACAAUGAAGCUCAUGUAAUUGGAAAGAAAAGAAAUUAUGCACUUUUACGUGAACAAUUGUAUCAAUUGAUCUGCAAAUAUGAAAAACGACAUGAACGAAUGCCUAAAACCGUGAUUCUUUAUUACAAUGAAAGAAAUGAAAAUGAUCUCGUUCAGAUUAAAAAAAUGUGUAAACUUUCAAUGUUUUCUAGUCAAACUGAAUCGAUAAAAUGGGUGAUCAUCAAUGUUGUUUCUCAUAAAAAUAUGGCUGGAAAAUUAUUUGAAAAACCAGAAAAUGAAGGUAGCUCAUUUUUCAUUGCUGAUGACAAAUUUUUGAAACCAAAUGAAUUCAUUCUUGGCCACGAUUCAAAUCAUGAUAAUCCAACAUCGGAAACAAUUUUAAAAUGUGCUAAAUGUGUAAUCAAUUCGGAUCAAACCUUUUAUGGAGAUUUUGCAAUCGCACAUGUCACUGAUUCGCUUUGUUAUUUAUACAGUGAAAGCCUUACCCUUAAGAAUCAACCAUUGCCAUUAACAUAUGCAAUCAAUUCCACAAGACAAGCUUUCUCACGAUUGAAUGGAAAAUUGACCGCAAACAAAGCAUAUUCAAAUGAUUACGAUGAAGAUGAAUGGUUAUCGAUUCUCAAUACAUCAAUGAAAUUUAAUUUUCUUCACAAAAAAAUUGCUAAUCCAUUCGUAUAAAAAAUGGAAAUUUUUUUUUUUUU